AUGCAUGGCCUUUUUCCAUCUUUAACCGUCUCAGAGCAAAACCUGGCAGACCGGGUUCGGUAUAUCUUGCGCUCAAAUAUAUUUGAUGUCGCCGAACUCGAACGACUACGACGUGAGGCUGUUCCCUCAUCGGAUGAAAAUGCUACGGCUGUGGAUGCGGCGCUACAAAUUGCAGAGCAACCCGCAAACGUGAAUGCCGCCGUGAAUACCCCAGUUGUGGUUGAUUCAAACGAUGAUGGAACAGUCUCCCAGGAACUGGAAUUAGAGCACAUGAGGAGUACAUUGGAAGAGCCGAUUGUGGAAACGUAG